AUGGCGACAACGGACAUAGCUCAUCUUCUUCAGCAAGAACAAGACUUCCAAUUUUUAGCUUUCGAUUCCACCAUAGCACUUGAAUUAGGUCUCCUAAUUCUCAAAAACGCUCAACAAAAGGGGAUUCCUGUAGUCAUUUCUAUUACUUUGAACACUCACCUUUUAUUUCAUUAUUCCAUGCCAGGAACUAGUCCUGCAGAAGUUGAAUGGGUACGAAGAAAAAACAAUGUUGUAAAUCAAUUUUAUCAUUCUUCUCUUUAUGUUAGUGAAUAUUUGAAACAAAAUAAGAAGCUUGGUGCUGAAACAUAUCUGGUUAGUGAUAAAGACUUUGUAGCAUAUGGUGGUGCUUUUCCAUUGAUUGUUAAAGGUGUUGGUGUUGCUGGAACUAUCACUGUCAGUGGAUCAUCUCAUAUCGAAGAUCAUGAGCUUGUAGUGUUGUCUCUGAAAGACUUUUUUGGAAUGGAAAAAGAGGGAAAAAACAAAGUCGAAUAA